CGAACGACUCAUUUGCGAACUGCACAUCACUAUACGAGAGCUAUUGCUUCCGAGUAGAAGGUUGUCCAAUUCAAGAUGGCUGUCCCCUCUGAGCUUUACUGCUGGGAAGGCGAUUGGGGUUUACCUUCUGUCAACACCGAGUGUUUAAUUGUGUUGGCUUAUGCAAAGUUUUCAGGGGCACCUCUCAAAAUUCACAAAAUUGGUAACCCCUGGAGAAGUCCCACUGGCUCUCUUCCUGCCCUAAAGACCAGCGAGAAUAGCAGCCUCUCGCGGCCCAGUGAAAUCAUCAUCCACCUCAGAAAACAGAAAUACAAUGCAGACUUUGACCUUUCUGCCAAAGAAGGAGCGGACACUCUGGCAUUUAUCUCACUCCUGGAGGAAAAACUGAUGCCAGCUCUGGUCUAUACUUUGUGGAUUGACCCUAAGAACUAUGUUGAGACUCGGCGUUGGCACGCCAAGCACGCCCCAUUCCCCCUGAACUUCUUCCUGCCCGGCCGUAUGCAGCGGCAGCAGCUGGAGAGGCUGAGACUGAUCAGGGGUGACCAAGAGCUGGCGGCAGGGGAGGAGGUGGAGAGGGAGCUAUACCGCGAUGCUCUGGAAUGUAUGAACCUUCUCUCUCAGAGGCUGGGCUCAAACAAGUUCUUCUUUGGAGACUCACCUUCAUCUCUGGAUGCCUUUGUCUUUGGCUACUUGGUCCCCAUCCUCAAGAUGAAACUGCCCAAUGGAAAACUCCAGCAACACAUCAAGUCCCUGGACAACCUGAGCCACUACUGCUCCAAUAUUCUGGCUCUCUACUUCCCUAGCGAUAGACGAGAGGAUUCCAGUCACAAGGUGUCCUCCCAGCCUGAAGGGUGUGACUCUGACCAUGAGCCAAGAGUCACUAGACCACCAUUCUCCAGGUCUCCGGUCACUCUCCUCCCACGAGGAAGAGGAGGCAGAGGAGGAGCACUGAGGAUUGGGAGGAGGAUACAGCUAAUAUUCAAAGCUGCCCUCCUGCCUCUAUUUCAAAUACUUAAAUUGACACUCCCUCAGAAACUCCUUAGAAUGACUGGAUAAGUAUUAACCAUUGAAACUCCAGUUCAGGUGGAACUUUGACUACUGAUGAUCCUAAACAAUCCCUUCAGAUCUUGGAUUAGUCAACUUGAAGAAGGGGCAAUGGUUUGGGGGUCUGACUGGGUCAAAGCCUCGAAGUGCAAUCAGGAGAAAGAAGAAGGGAAGAGGAAGACUGUGAAAAUGUUAAGAUGCUUGAACACGUACCAAGACUGCUUUGAUGACUUACUUGGAGAAUUUUUGGGUUUUUCCUCAGCUUUAUUUUGAAUCAAUAAUUACUGAUCUAAAUCAUUCCAUUGCUUUAUAUCCGAUCCAAAUUAUAUAGCUUUUUUGGACUUUAGUAUGUAAAUUAUAUAAUUGAGGGAACAAAUCCCAGGUAUCAUUCAUGAAAAUUGUAUUGUUUCUGUAGAUUUAAUUACCACUGGACUUUUAGUUACAUUUGCACUUCCUUUCUGAACACUUGCCAAAAUUAUGGAUUUUGCAUAAAAAGUUCUAUUGACAGAAGGCAGAACUACAUUCAAGAACUAUAUGGGUGAAAAAUGAAACUCUUGUUAGAAAAAUAUAUCACGUUAUCAGUCCAAAAUGUCUGCUUGGUGAGUGAAGACUUAUGCUUAAGGAAUUAUACUGUUUCUCAGCUACCAUACAGGGCAAUAUUGUGUAACUGAGGGUUGCAAAAAGUGAAUAAAAUGUAUAUUUUUAAAAUCUU